AAGCCAAACCAAAGCGGCGUUCUGUGUAGCGUUCAUAAACGUGCGCCGGCCGCAUUGUAAGCGUUGUAGUGAUUGUUGUCGUUUGUACUGCAGCCAAAUCACUGUAGCUUGUGCGUUCUUCUUCAACGAGUGUCUUCGUUCGACCCACGUCCGAGCUACUUUACACCUACUCGUUUUUUUUUUUUCUUCACGCCAUCGUAGAAGUCCGAGCUUACUGCUUGCCACACUACCAACAUGUCGCUCUUGCAGAAACCGAAGAGUGAAAUGACUCCGGAGGAGUUGGCGAAAAGGGAAGAGGAAGAAUUCAACACCGGGCCCCUCUCGGUGUUGACUCAGUCCGUAAAAAACAACACUCAAGUACUCAUCAACUGCAGGAACAACAAGAAGCUCCUAGGACGAGUGAAGGCCUUUGACAGGCACUGCAACAUGGUGCUGGAGAAUGUCAAGGAGAUGUGGACCGAGAUUCCCAAGACGGGAAAGUCCAAGAAGAACAACCCCGUCAACAAGGACCGGUACAUCUCAAAAAUGUUCCUCCGGGGGGACUCCGUCAUCCUGGUCCUCAAGAACCCACUGGCUGCCACCAAAUCGUGAAUAAAAACAGUGUUGUGUA